AUGGUGCGCCCCAAUAAGAAGAAAAUACCGCAUAGUUCUGCUACUACAGAUUCUGAGGAGAGUUCUACCAAUGAUGACACUUGUGCACAUACAACUGAAUCAGAAAAUACUACAUUAUCAAUGAGUAGUUCCGAAGAAACUGCUUCAACCGAUGGCGAAGAGGAUAGCGAUGAGUCUUCAUCAGACGAAGAUACCGAAACUUCAGGAACCAAUUCUCCUGACGAAAGCUUUGAAGAGGAGUUCGCGAAAGAGAUUGAAAAUGCAAGUGCAAAAUCUGCACAAACUCGAGUAGCGGGUCUGAAAAGAAUUUGUGAUACACUUAUAUAUUACUUUGUUCCCGAUGCUGUUCAAGAGUGGAAGAUGACGCUUAUUGAUUGCGCAGAGAAAUCAUUGCGUCAUGGUAAUCGCUCAGAGCAAAUAUUCAGUGCAAGACUUGCACCGUUGCUUGCACUGCAACUAAAUGGAGAAGAUACCGUAUUAAAUGCCUUAAGCCCAAUCAUUUGGACUGGUGUCAAAGAUAAAUCAGUUUCCCUUGCAACACGCGCUGAGUAUUGCAGUGCUUUGGGAUUACUUUAUUAUCUGAGUGCCGCAGAUAACGAAGAGUUUCUUAAUUUGAUGAAGCUUUAUGAAACCAUUUUCACUGAUAGUUACUUGUCAGGCGAGAACAAAAAACCAAACGCAGUAAGCGCUGAAGCAGGAGAUCUUCAUGCUGCAGCUCUUUUAUCUUGGGCACUAAUUUUCUCACUUUUGCCUAGCAGAUUUAUCCUAUUAUGGAUGACUGAUGGUCGAUUACUGUUUCCUUCUCUGGAUAAUCUUAAGGGUUUGUUAAAGUCACCUCAUUUGAAAGUGCGUAUUGCAGCUGGACAAGCUUUAGUAAUAAUUGUAGAAUGUGGACGGUUGAAUGAGAAAACAUUUUUGUUGGAAUAUCUUGCAGAUCUUAUAGACGAUUUCAAAAAGUUGGCCAAAGAUUCUCAUAAACACCACUCUAAACGUAAACGCAAGACUCAACACUUGGCAUUUAGAAAUAUGUUACUUUAUCUAGAGGAAGAUGUUACACCUAAAGUUGAUAUUCGUUUUGGAAACGAAACUCUUGUAUUGGAUACCUGGAGAGCGCAUCAUCUAUAUGCUGUGGUUUGUGGAUUGAUGGGAGGCGGAAUGAAUACACAUCUAUCAUCUAAUAAUUUUUUUCGAAGUGUUUUUCUAAUAGGUGACAAAGUCACUGACACUGCAGAAUUAGUCAAACAAAAGCAUAGCAAAUUCAAUCGCAAUAGAAAGAAUAUUGCAACCUCUAAGGCACGCACCAAAGCACGCCGCGAAAGCCGCGACAAACGGACUGCUGACUUUACUGAAGUUUAG